AUGAUGACCCCAACAUUAUUCAAGGUUGGGCUCCUCCUCCUCUCUCAGCUACACCUGACUUGGGCCAUGAUACUGCCUCGCCAUCCGCUGAUCAGUUGUACUGGCGGAAACCCAGCAGUUGCCGGAGAUACCUGUGCAUCCUUCGCCUCCAAAUGGAACCUAAAUGAGACGCUUUUUACGUCUCUCAAUCCCGAUAUCAACUGCUCGAAUCUUGUGGCUGGUUACUACUAUUGCGUGGUCGGCUGGGAUUUACGUGCGCCAACUCCGGCCCCAACCACGGUCCCAACCCUCAUCCCACGCGCACCGGCUACAUCAUCAUUGGCUUCAAACGAGCCACAAGAAUCGCCGCGUUUUGCCGCCAAUUGUAUCGGGUUCCAGCUAGCUCAACAGCACGAUGACUGCAGUAAAUUCGGCAUCGCCCGGGAUGUGUUUUUAGAUUUGAAUCCAGUGAUCAACCAGGAUUGUACAAACCUUAUUGCUGGUUUGGCCUACUGCGGCCACGACAAGCUCGGAGAACAAGAUGACCGGGACGAGCACGGCGGCGACCUCACUGCGCACCCAUCCAGGAUAUCCGACUAA